AUGUCGCAGAAUUGCAAGUCCACGUACGCGGCGGCGACCACGCGGGACGCGAAUAACAACACCCUGUACCACAGCGGGGCGGGCGCGGGCUACGGGGGCAGAGGGUACACCCCACCGAACAAGAACGGCGGCGGCAAUUACCAGCAAGUGACGGCGAAAGUGCUAUUCGGCAGCGUGACAGCGAUCAAUGACCUCAAGCGACAAGAGAAGGCCGAGCGGGAUGUGCGACGGACGCAC